AAAAUCAUGAAAUUGGUUGUCAUGUUCAUCGAAUCAUUCAACACAUUUCCUUCUUCGUUGUCAAAAUCCACAUUUCAAAAAUCAUUCAACACCAUCUUAGCUCCGCCGCGUGAAAUUCUAAACUCCGGUAAAGAACCGCCGCGAUGUCUUUCCUUUUCCGUAAGAACGGAAGUAGUUCGCGGAGGCGGAUCAAAGAAAAACUUCGAGGUCGGAACUCAGAUCGCGGGAAGAGAGAAGACGAGGAGAGAGUAAGAUAUGAAGGCGGAUCCGAUUCGUUACCUCCACCACCUUCUCCAUGGGGUUUUCUCUUCCCGGAGGAUUUCGUUCGAAUCGACGGAAAUCUCAAAGCAGUUAUUGUAGAUGAAGAAGGAUUAGAUGUGAUUUACUGGAAAAAGCUACUUGAGCUUGAAAAUAGCGGGAAAAUCAAGAAAAACCCCAAACCGAGAAGAGGUCCCGGUGAGAAAUCGGACGGUGGAUUUAGAAGAGCUGGAGCAGAUGAAGAAGACGAUGGAGGAUCGGGCAGUAAUCAGAGGGGAGAUGAAUCGAUUGAAGAGGCGUUUUCGUUUCAUGUGAAGAACUCUCAAUCUGCGGGUGGUGAAGUUGGAGAUGAGAGUAAUAAUGGAGGCGAAGUUAGUGAUUAUGGAAAACAAUCCCAAUCCAAGUUUCAAGCUCCUGGCGGCUCCUCUUCUCCCUCCCAGAUUCCGGCGAACCAAAUCACUGGCGGCUGCGGUCGUUAUCCUCCACUUCCGCUUCCUCCAGGUCAAUUAGCGGCCGCAAUUGCCUCGUCCUCUACAUCGUCACCGCCUCUUACAGUUAACCAAGCUGUACCAAAUGUUCCGGCUAACCAAAAGCCACCACCUCCAUCUCCUCCGCAAUUAGCUGGGGCACCACCUCCGCCUCCACCACCUCUUCCGGCUAAGAAAGCACCUGCUCCACCACCUCCUCCUCCUCCUCCGGGUAAGAAGGCACCUGGGCCGCCGCCACCGCCUCCAAUGUCUAAAACCGGGCCCCCUAAACCACCAGGACAUGGCAAAGGACCGACCAAGGCAGCUGAGAGUUCUUCAGCCAUAAGCAAAACGGAGGAUCCAGCGCAGCCAAAGCUCAAGCCUUUACAUUGGGAUAAGGUUAAUCCUGAUGCUAGCCACUCAAUGGUGUGGCAUAGGAUCGAUGGUGGCUCCUUCAACUUUGAUGGUGAUCUCAUGGAGGCUCUGUUUGGAUACGUUGGCGCUCGAAAGCCAAGUGAAGCUAACACUGUACCGCAGAAACCGACUGUUUCAACCACGCAGACUUACAUUCUCGACCCUCGGAAAUCUCAGAACAAAGCAAUUGUGCUUAAAUCUUUGGGAAUGACUAAGGAGGAGAUCAUUGACUUGUUAACAGAAGGCCAUGAUGCUGAUUCUGAUACACUUGAGAAGCUUUCUGGUAUAGCUCCAACGCCAGAAGAACAGACAGAGAUCAUAGACUUCAGUGGCGACCCAACGAAACUUGCUGAUGCAGAAUCUCUACUGUUUUACAUCUUACGAGCAGUUCCUUCAGCGUUUAACCGGUUCAACGUCAUGCUCUUCAAGAUCAACUACGGUUCAGAGGUUGCUCAGCAAAAGGGAUCUUUACAGACGCUUGAAUCCGCAUGCAACGAGCUCCGUGCUCGUGGUCUGUUCAUGAAACUUCUAGAGGCAAUCUUGAAAGCAGGUAACAGAAUGAACGCUGGAACAGCUCGUGGGAAUGCUCAGGCUUUUAAUCUGACAGCUCUAAGAAAACUGUCUGAUGUGAAGAGUGUUGAUGGGAAAACUACUUUGCUUCACUUUGUUGUUGAAGAAGUUGUAAGAUCUGAGGGAAAACGAGCUGCGAUGAAUAAGAUCUCCAAUGAAAAUACAGGUGGUGAUAUUGCAGAUGCAUCUAGAGAAGAACAAGAGAUUGAAUUCAUAAAGCUUGGUUUACCCAUUAUUGGUGGCCUUAGUUCAGAGUUCACCAAUGUGAAGAAAGCAGCUGGAAUCGAUUAUGACUCGUUUGUAGCCACGACCUUGGCUUUAGGGACCCGGUUGAAAGAAACAAAAAGGCUAUUAGAACAAAGCAAAGGGAAAGAAGAUGGGUGUUUGACAAAGUUGAGAUCUUUCUUUGAAUCUGCAGAGGAAGAACUGAGAGUUAUUACAGAGGAACAGCUCAGGAUAAUGGACUUGGUGAAGAAAACCACGAAUUAUUACCAAGCUGGAGCAUUGAAAGAGAGGAACCUGUUUCAGCUGUUUGUUAUAAUCCGUGAUUUCUUAGGGAUGGUUGAUAAUGCUUGUAGUGAGAUCGCGAGGAGUCAACGGAAGCAGAGACCAGCAGCAACGGUAGCAGGAGCAUCAACGUCGACAGCAGCAACACCGACCGCCGCUGCACCGCAGAGAAACGCGGUUAGGUUUCCGAUUCUGCCCCCAAAUUUCAUGUCAGAGCAUUCAAGGUACAGUUCAAGUGACUCGGAUUCAGAUUCUUGAUAGCAAGGAAAAAGAGAGAUUCUUUGCAUUUGUUGUACGUAUAUAGAUGUUACUAUGUUAGGGAAGCUUGUUGAUUUUUUUUCUUUUCUUUUUAAGAUUCUUUAGGUUAUUUGGAAGUGGCUUUUAUAAUUCUACAUGUCUUGCUAUUGAAGUAAAACGCUGAUUCUUUUUUUACAGAAGUGACCAUUGCUCUUUGUAUUUCA